GUCCCCCUUCAAUCAGAUGUCCCCCAGCAACCAGAGGUCCCCCUUCAAUCAGAUGUCCCCCAGCAACAAGAUGUCCCCCAGCAACCAGAGGUCCCCCAGCAACGGACCUACAAUCAACCGCAGUGGUGCCACGCAAGUCGGGCCUCCAAAAAGCCAGAGAGGUCAGAGGACAAGCGGACAUACAACCAACCGCAGUGGCGCCACGUAAGUCGGGCCUCUAAACAACUUGAGAGGUCAGAGGACAAGCGGACAUACAACACACCACAGUGGCACCGCUAGACGAUUGGUCUCCAUGCCACCAACCUCCACUGGUUGCAUGGAGGUCCAUCAUGUUGCCGUUGAAAUGAAGGCCAAAUGAUGCCCGGCUCAGCCUUUUACGCUGAGCCACACCCAGGUGGUACUAGGUGAUGUUUCACCAGGAGAGAAGAGAAGAAGGGUCAUCUCUAAUUUCAUCUUAUUUUUUUCGGGUUCCUUUUUGAAGUUCAUUCUCACUGGAAACUGCCCCCCACCGCCACGCACCCCUCCAAUCUCACCGCCAUUUAUUUGACAUCUGCCCCCCUUGGGUCCCCCACCACAAGCCUGUAAGACUCAACAAUGCCAUCCAACACUGUCACCAACUCCAACUCCACCUCAUGCAAAGGCUCGGAUUUCGUGGAUUCACCCGGAAACAGAAUGGGUGAGAGCGUAUUACUGGACGUGGGACAAAUGAAGGAGCCCAGGUCAACAUUUAGUAGUGCCUCCUUUAAAGUUGGAAAACCCAGCAGGAAGCGUAAGCAGUUCCCAGUCGAGAGCUGCGGAUCCAUCACGGGCUGCGCGAGCGUUUGCAGCAGUUACCUCGAGCUGUGCCGGCCGUCCAUAUCGCAAGUCUACAACGGAGAGACCGACUCGCGCGGAGACAAGACGCCCGACGCCUGCCUCCCCAGACAGGAGAAGCGGGAAGUAGAGAAUGGAAUUCCCAGAUGUCCGUCCUCCUACCAGGAGGAGGAUGGCUCCCAGGGUCAGAGCCCCAGUCCCUCCCAGGAGAACGGCUUCCUGUCCAGCCAGGAGGAGCGGGAGCUGGAGAAAGACAAGGACGACGGCCUGAUGAUGCCGCGCAAGAAAAGAGGGAGGCGGAAACUGGAGCGCCCAACGAAGUAUGUGGAGCACAAAGAAGAUGACGAGUGUGACACAAUCAAGACGGAGAGAGGUCGAGGCAGGCUACGAAGGGGAGUUGGUUGGGAGAUCAGCCUUCGACAGAGGCCAAUGCCCAGAAUAACCUUCCAGGCCGGUGACCCUUAUUACAUUAGCAAGCGGACCAGGGAGGAGUUGAUGGCCAAGUGGAAGAUGGAGGCAGAGAAAAGAGCCAAGCUGAUGUCAGAGAUCAACAUAAUGAAGGACCUGGAGAAGGACGACGCAGAGAGCCGGACGGAGGAGCUUCCCAUAAUCAAACACCCGCAGCCUUCAAAGCAACAACCUCAGCCUCAGCCGCACAGCCAGCCUCUGCCGCAGCCUCAGUAUCAGCAGCAAUCACAGCCACCUCUGCUGGUGCAACACAAGCGGCUGCUGCAACACAAGCAGCUGCAGCAACACAAGCAGCUGCAGCAACACAAGCAGCAGCAGCAACACAAGCAGCAGCAGCAACACAAGCAGCCACCUCAACAGCAGCAACCUACUGACCCGGCUUCUCCCACCGUGGCCACCACCCCGGAGCCUGUCGCCAUCGGAGGAGAGGAAAAAACUUCCCAGAAGUCUGCAGACACUGAGCCCGAGUAUGAGGACGGCCGUGGUUUUGGCAUCGGCGAGCUGGUUUGGGGGAAGCUGCGAGGAUUUUCCUGGUGGCCGGGCCGCAUCGUAUCCUGGUGUGUGACGGGCCGGAGCAGAGCCGCCGAGGGAACCAGAUGGGUCAUGUGGUUUGGAGAUGGAAAAUUCUCAGUGGUAUGUGUGGAGAAACUUCUGCCUUUAAGUUCAUUUAACAAUGCCUUUCACCAACCAACUUACAACAAACAGCCCAUGUACAAGAAAGCAAUCUACGAAGUGUUACAGGUGGCUAGUAGCCGGGCAGGAAAAGCCUUCAUAGCCUGCCCCGACAGCGAUGAAAGUGAAACCUCCAAAUCAGUGGACAUGUUGAACAAGGAGAUGAUUGAGUGGGCGAUGACCGGGUUUCAGCCCACUGGACCCAAGGGCUUAGAGCCCCCUGAAGAGGAGCGUAACUCCGAGGUUUGCCCCGAGAUGUGGGUGGAGCCCGAAGCGGCGGCCUACACGCCCCCCCCAGCCAAAAAGCCUCGCAAAAGCACGGUGGAGAAACCGAAAGUCAAGGACAUCAUCGACGAGAGGACACGAGAGCGACUUGUUUAUGAAGUGAGACAAAAGUGCCGCAGCUUGGAGGACAUCUGCAUCUCUUGUGGAAGCCUGAACGUGAGCCUGGAGCACCCGUUGUUCGCUGGAGGAAUGUGCCAGAGCUGCAAGAACUGCUUCCUGGAAUGUGCGUACCAAUAUGACGACGACGGUUAUCAGUCGUACUGCACUAUUUGCUGCGGCGGGCGUGAGGUGCUCAUGUGCGGAAACAACAACUGUUGCAGGUGUUUCUGUGUGGAAUGUGUAGACCUCCUGGUCGGUCAAGGAGCCGCCCACGCUGCCAUCAAAGAGGACCCGUGGAACUGCUUCAUGUGCAGUCCGAAGGGCGUGUUUGGUCUUCUGGAGCGCCGCUCAGACUGGCCCGACCACCUGCAGCUCUUCUUCGCAAAUAAUCACGACCAAGAUUUUGAUCCACCAAAGCUUUACCCCCCAGUCCUGGUGGAGAAAAGGAGGCCCAUUCGUGUCCUGUCGCUGUUUGACGGCAUAGCAACAGGACUGCUGGUAUUAAAAGAACUUGGCAUCCAAGUGGAUCGCUACGUAGCGUCCGAGGUGUGUGAAGACUCGAUCACAGUGGGCAUGGUCCGACAUCAGGGGCGGAUCAUGUAUGUUGGGGAUGUGAGGAAUGUCACGCGCAAACAUAUUCAGGAGUGGGGUCCGUUUGACCUCGUCAUCGGCGGAAGCCCCUGCAACGACCUCUCGAUAGUCAAUCCUGCUCGGAAGGGCGUUUAUGGGGGCAGCGGCCGCCUCUUCUUUGAGUUCUACCGGCUGCUCCACGAGGCCCGGCCGAAGGAAGGGGACGACAGGCCGUUCUUCUGGCUCUUUGAAAACGUUGUUGCAAUGGGUGUGAGCGACAAGAGGGACAUCUCUCGCUUUUUAGAGUGUAAUCCAGUUAUGAUUGAUGCCAAGGAGGUGUCUGCUGCCCACCGCGCCCGUUACUUUUGGGGUAACCUCCCUGGCAUGAACAGGCCUCUGUCGGCCAUGUGCUCCGACCGGCUGGACCUCCAGGACUGUUUGGAGCACGGCAGAACGGCAAAGUUUGAGAAGGUGAGGACCAUCACCACCAGGUCUAACUCCAUCAAGCAAGGAAAGGACCAGCAUUAUCCUGUCUACAUGAAUGAAAAAGAAGACAUCCUCUGGUGCCCGGAGAUGGAAAGGGUUUUCGGCUUCCCAGUCCACUAUACAGAUGUUUCCAACAUGAGCCGACUGGCGAGGCAGAGGCUCCUGGGCCGAGCGUGGAGCGUCCCCGUCAUCCGCCACCUGUUUGCACCACUUAAAGAUUAUUUUGCCUGUGUUUGAGGAGCGAGGCGUCGCCUUCCAGGCUAUUUAGGAACUAGAAAUAAUAAGAGCCUUGAUUCUCAGAUUAUACUCAUACGUAUAAUUUGCAAACAUUGACAUAGAUUCACAUUAUCUCUUGUAUUUGAAUUGUAAUUCUUAUUCUAUUUAAUUUUGGGUUGGUUUUUUUUUUCUGUUGUUAUUUUUACCUUUUAGCAUUGUUAUCGAAUAUUGUUCAUAUGUUUGUGCGAGCAAUACUUGUAUGAGUGGAAUUUUGUUCCUUUUUAAAACGAUGAAUCAAAAUGUUUCUCACUGACAAAAAAAAAACAUUUUCAACCAAAACUAUACAAAUUGGACAAACUGUUAUUUUGCGAAGACGCAAAAAAAACAAAAAAACAUUUGCUUGCAAACCUAAAAGUUUUUUAUUUUGAAUGAAAAAGUUUGGAUCACAAAGCUAAACUUUUUUUCUCGUCUGAAAUAGUUGGUCCGGUACUUACGUUUGUUUUUGUUUGGUAUUUGUUUCGGUGCAAACUUUAAACUCUUUUAAUUUUUUACUAGUGUUUGACUUGUUAUUGUAAAUCAGUACUGUACUCUUCAACACUAAAUAGAGAUUCUGGGAUUUUAGCUUUUCCUCAUCAGGACUCCCCAAAAUAGAGUCCAGCUUGAAAAAAAUGACAAUGUAGAGAGAAUACAUGAACCUGAACUACCCAAAAGAGAAAAAUGUUGUAUUCCCGAACGCUUGAAGUUAAUGUUUGCACAGCCAACCAAAAAAAUGGUUUCAAGCUAAAUAUUCUCAUCCCAAAAUCGUCAAAUCGUUAUAGGCACAAAAGAAACUUUUGUAAGCAAACAUAUAGAUGCAAAUGUAAUUUUUUAAAUACAAAGCAAAACAUUUAAUUUUAUUUUUCUCCACCUUUCAAAUGUUUUUUUGUUGUUGUUUGUUUUCGUUUUAUUGAGAAACUUUUUGAUUGGUUGUAUCAAAAGAGAACAAAAUCCCCAUCAUAUUCUUGAGACUUCGCUUUCCUCUUGAGACACUGAGACACUCGAGCGCCGAACGCGUUUUACUAAAGAGACGGAAAUCUUUCGGGAAGCAUGGGGACGGCGUUUCGGGUGCGCGAAACGCGUCAGCGCCGCUGCGGCACGUUGUGACGUGCAGCGGCAGCCGUGCUUCCAGCUACUGAGCCUCGACGGAGAUGUGAAAAGCGUUCUUUUUAUAUAUAUGUAUGUAUACAUAUAUAUAUAUAUAUACAUAUAUAUAUAAUUUUUUUUUUCCCGCUUCGGUGUCGGCGAGCGGCCAUGUCUCUGAAAAUCCAAAACACCAGAUCACAAAUACCUCUUUGUUUACGGUUUCUAUACACAGCUGAUGGUAAUAAAGGUACUACUGUAAAAUGGUUACAACACCAUGGUGCUUCAAGACGAUGACAGACAUCAUAGCCCAUGUGGCACUACGACUUUAGACAACACAGAGCUCUUUAAUCUGUUGCUUGAAAAACUUCUGCUGGAUGUUUUUACAUUUAAUUGAAAAAAAAUGUACUUAGUUCUGCAAAACAGACUUUAAACUGCAACACAAGAGCCUGUCCUCUUUUACAACUUUUGUACUGUUUUCUACUGGUGCUCAUUUGGUCUCCCAGCCUUUCUGCACUCAGGCCCAAGGCCUGCAUCUGCACAAACAGGAUGUGAAGCUAGCCACAUGGGGAAUGAUGUUUCCUGUCAUUGAAAACAAAAAAAACAAACAACAAAAAAAAAAUAAAUAAAUGAAUCUUUUUAAGUCUCCGGUGAGCUACUUUUUUCUAGUGUCACCCCGACUAACGAUGUUACUGUACAACUGUUAGUAAGCGCUGUUGCUGGAGGGCCGGUGACCGUCCUCCUCAACGUCCGCCUCUCUGAACUGAAAAAAACAAACAAAAAACUGUCAGGUGCAAAAACUCAACAACGUGGUGCGGCUUCACAAGGUUCUUCUACCUUUUAUAGCAAUUUUGUGCUGUUUUAUCAACAUUAUAAGCACUUUUAUAUGUAUACUUUCUUGCUUUCUUGAUUAUCAUUAUUUUUUUUAUCAUUAUUAAAUGAUCAUUUUUGUGAAUUUUUGUUUGUUUUGUUUAGUUUUAUGAUGUGAACUGAUCUACCCUUGUGUAAUACUUUUUUGUAUUCAGUAGGGCUGUGCCAAUAGAAGUACAAGUUAUGGAUUUUGAUAUGUGAAACUUGUUAUUGGACUGUGUACAGUUGGUGGAUUGAUGUUUGUUGACCUUUCCUUUUCCUCCAUCGUUCAGAUUGUACUCUAUUUUAAAGCGGCAGCGAACCCUCCCACCUCUCGGCAUGGGUCGGUGUGACUGAGUGAAAAUGCCACGGUUUCUUUGUAUUUGUACAAAAAAAAGUUAAGAAUAAGGAUCAAUAACAAGACCUAAUAGCUUUUAUCAGAAGAAAGAGGCAACAAUUACUAAAGCUAAAGCAAUGCAACCUGUUGAUAAUUAGUGUAUCAUAGGGUUAACAUUAAAUUAAAACGGAGCAUAAACAGCUGAUAAAUGCAGUUGUUUUCGUUCUUGCUUGGGAUUUAGUCCGACUUUCUGCUCCGUCAGAAAUUACCCCAACUAUACUUUUAAAUUAGCACUAUCUUAAAAAGAGCGAUUGGCUGCUCUUCUUUCAUUUCCACACCUUUCAAACAAAAGGUCACCCAAUUGUGACCGGAGAUGUUUUUUUUGCUAAAGCUAAAUUUGUAGCGCUGUACAGCCAGGAAAGUUAACUUCGGUUAUUCAAGCACCUUUUCUGGGCUUCACUUCGAAAAUGAUUUUAAACCAUAGAAAAUGGUAUGAUGAUUUUUUUUUUUUUUAUUUUAUUUCUUUUAUCGGGCUUAAAAAGGUAAUGUUUUAAAAACUUCGGGAUACCCUAGGGCCUGUAAGCGGCUCAUGCCUAGUUACCGCCCAAACUCAACGAGCGCAGAAGAAAAAAAAGGUCUGCCAGAGUUUAAAUAUUAUGUCAUUUUUGUCUAUUUUUUGUCUCGGGUCCCUGGUAUUUCCCUGAGAAAUGUUAAGAGUGCGGAUCACAGCCACCCUCAAAAACCAGAGGGCGGCCAUUGCUCCUGAUUUUAAACUAAAAGCUAAAUCAGGAGGCUCAACGCCGCGGUUUGUCAAAACAAAAAACUGACUUAGUGUUUGACAAAGAUUUUAGCUCUCAAAAGAUUUAAAGAGCCUAAUGAAAGCAGAUGUUAUCACUUAAUCUAUAUCCUAUUUAAGAUUUAAAUUUUUAAAAUUUUAUUUCUCUAUGUAAUUACUUUUAAGUGACCUUAUCGCCAUAAUUUUUGACCUCACGGAAGAGUCAUAUUUUCCCUGUUCUGCAGCAAAAGAAAAACCCAACACCCCCUCAUCUUUGUACUUUUUUUUUUUUACAUUUUGUACAUACAAAUUUUCCGUCACUGUUUUCCAAUUCUUUUUUUUAUUCUUAAUAAUUCAUAUAAGAUGUACAAAUAUUCUUUCCUAAUAUAUGUCACCCACAACACUUUUUUUUUGAUAAAAGUAAAAAAUAAUCAAAAAUCUGAUUGAGAAUUUGCUUUAACCAUUAGACGUUAGCCUUUCCAUCCCAAUCUGUGUGAAUCCAGAUUCAAUGUCUUUGUGGUGUUAGCAUUGGCCAGUGGACAGCUUUAAGCAUAAUGGUCUCAGUGUUAGCGCACAGCCCUACCUGGUGGUGUUUAUUUUAUUUUAGUUUGUAUUUUCAUGUUUUUUCUUUUCUUUUCUGCUUAUGUAAACAAGAGGGAUUGUAGUUGUUUCCAAUGGUGCUAAACAGUUUAUCUUAUCCAGAAACAUAUUUAAUUGGGAGAGAAAUGAAAAUGACAAUGACUGUUUUGAGUUCUUUGUAGUGAUGAAAAAAAAGACCUGUUGUGUCAUACAAAUAUAUUAACAAAGGCAUUUUAACUUUGUACUUGAAAAAAAAAAAGGAGUAACAGUAAAGAAAGGUUUCCUAUAUUGUUUUAGACUAUAGAUUGCUAGAUUACUGUAGUUGGUGCUUUAUCUGUGGGAAAUUGUGUGAGAAAAAAAAACAGUAAUCAUUUUUACUAUUGCAUACUGUAUGCUUUACGCGCAUUGCUUCUUAACCCUACAUUCCAGGCUGUAAUAUUCAUGUCUAAUAUCAUGCUGUCUUUUUGAACUGAUGCCUUUUUUUUUGCCCUUUAUUUUUGUAUCACCAACCAUUUUUUUGUGUUUGUUUUUUACUGUUAAAGGAAGGUCAAUACUGUGUGAUACUGUUGACACACUUUCUGACUUUCUUUCUGCCAUGACUGUUUCAUAGCCUAUAUACGCUUUUUUUCCCCCCACAAGAACAGUUCAUACAGCAAAUGUAGCACCCAUUCUCCGCGUGACUCCCCCAUACUUAUGUUUAGUGUCCAGAGACAAGAUAAAGGCUCUGUAUGUACUUGUGCUGGAGAACACUUGAAUAAAUGUCUUGUUUUUGUGCAAAAAAACAGCCAUCUACCACUUUCUGCCUCAUUAUAAAUAAACUAUAUAUAACUUUG